GCGCCGCAGACGGAACUUCAACGGGGGACGGGGGGGUCGGCGGCUCCGCAGCGCCUCUGAUUCGGAUGAAGGUUCGGCGCGUUGGGACGGACCAGCGGAUUGUUCCGUCCUCUGACUGAGACUUCCGAACCGGAACAAGAGUUUUCGUCCGAACUUCGCUGAAGGCUGAGAGUCGUCCGAGCCCCCCGCCCCCCCGCAGCCAUGCGCGGGGCUGAGGCUGAGCGUGUCCGAACCCGCUGCAGGUGAACCGGACCGCGGGUUCCCGGCAAAGAUGAGCCACGGUCCGGGUCUGGUUCUGCAGUGGCUGGACCAGCUGCGGCUGGCCCAGUAUGUGGAGUCCUUCCUGGAUAACGGCUACGAUGACCUGGAGGUCUGCAAGCAGAUCGGGGAUCCGGACCUGGACGCGAUCGGAGUCCGGAUCCAGUACCACCGACACCGGCUGCUGGCGGCAGUGGAGGCGCUGAGAGCCGCGGACAGGCGGAGGGCGCCCGGUUUCUACUUCACUUUGGAGCCGCUGGACGCCUCCACCUGUCUGCGCGCGCAGAGGUCAGGCGCGCGGGUCACCGGCGCGCACCGGGCGUCCUGUCCGGGAAACCACGACCUGAGGUUCUCAGACUGCAACGACUUUGUGACGUAUCCCAAGCUGAAGCUGAAGGUUCUGAUCCGGGAUAAACUGGCCAAAGACGGGAUAAACCUGGGACAAGCACCUUACACCCGCCAGGACGGCUCCGUGGGGAACCUGCAGGAGCUCGCUCAGGAGUACUCGCAGUAUUACGGCGCCCCCCCCAGCGACGUGAGCGAAAGGAUGGAGGAGCUGCGCAGACGCAAGGUGGUACAAGACGCCGACAUGGGAAAGGUGGACUGGAUUCCGGCGUCACCGCAGCUUCGUUUUCAGAUCCAGGAAUCUCUUGGACUGAGCAGCACCACGUCCACUCCAGAGGCCGACAGAAGGUCUGAUGUGAACAAGUCCAGCUCAGACGAAGGCUCCGCAGGAAGAUGGGAGGCCAAGAGAAAGAGCAAGUCCAUCUGGCAAAGUUUCCGGAAGUCCCAGAAGUCUCCAGAUGUUCCUGGUAAUGUGCGUCAGAUUUCCAAAGGAGACAGUGUGGGUUUUGUGGCCAGUGAAAUCACCAUGAGUGAUGAAGAACGUAUCCAGCUGAUGAUGAUGGUGAAGGAGAACAUGAUCUCCAUCGAAGAAGCCCUAGCUCGGUUGAAGGAGUUUGAGGUUCAGAACCGGCAGACGUCCAGGUCCAACUCGGCAGAAUCCCCAGAUCCAUCCAGCUCCAGCACCAAUGAGGCUUUCAGCUGCACUCCUCCUGAGGUGGAGAACAACGAGGAUAAGUCAGUCCUCUCUGGCCAUAAAGUGAAGAAGAAGCUGGUCCAGGGUGAAGAUCCUGGCGGACGCACAGCAGAAGAGGGGCUGAAUGUGGACGACCCCCCCUGUUCACAGGAGCCCCAAACCCCCACGCCAUGUCCAGUGGCCCCCUCACCUGACGUUUUACAGGAGCAGUUGACUUCUGACAGCAUGACUCCCUCCCAGUCCUCCAGCAGCCUAAGCCCCGCCGACAUCAGGACUGGGGUGAUAGGCGACACGAGGGGGGCGGGCAGGAGCUGCUUCCUUCCUGAUCCAGAAGGCUGUGAUCACGCAGAGGCGAGACUGGCUCGCUCUGUGACGGACGGGGAGCUCCGCCCCCCGCUGCUGGGCUCGCUGAGCCACCAUGGGAGAGCCUGCAGCUUCGGAGGAUUCGACCUCUGCAGCCGCGCGGCGUCCGCCACACCUCCUGAGCACGAGAAGACCGAUGGAAGCGGCGUGAAGAGGAGCGCCGCAAGUUCUCCGCAGGUGUCGCGCAUCUCUUUGGGCAGGAAGGUGAAGUCUGUGAGGGAGACCAUGAGGAAGCACAUGUCCCGGAGACAACACAGCCCCCGCUCUGACCAGUCCAGCCCAGACCGAGUCUCCAGCUGCCCCCACUCCCCCCAGACCCACACCAUGGACCAAGCCAAGCUGAAGAUGGGGGGGUCAGUGGAGAGCCUCAGAAGCUCGCUGAGCGGACAGAGCUGCAUGAGUGAGUCUACAGGCGGACAGACGGUCGGAACCACGGACUCUUCCAGCAGCAACAGAGAGAGCGUGAAGUCUGAGGAUGGCGAGGAGGAGGAGCUUCCGUACCAGGGACCCUUUUGUGGGCGGGCCCGGGUGCACACAGACUUCACGCCGAGCCCCUACGACACUGACUCCCUGAAGCUGAAGAGCGGUGAUGUCAUCGACGUUAUCAGUAAACCGCCAAUGGGAACCUGGAUGGGAAUGCUCCACGGAAAAGUUGGAACCUUCAAGUUCAUCUAUGUGGACGUUCUGAAGGACGGAACCAAACCCAGGAAGACGCGCAGGAGGACGAAGGUCCGGCAGCCCAAACCCACGUCCGUGGAGGAGCUGCUGGAGCGCAUCAACCUCAAAGAGCAUCUCCCCACCUUCCUGUUCAACGGCUACGAGGAUCUGGACACCUUCAAGCUCCUGGAGGAGGAGGACCUGGACGAGCUGAACAUCCGGGACGCUCAGCACAGAGCCGUGCUGCUCACCGCCGUGGAGCUGCUGCAGGAGUACGACGGCGGCUCAGGGAGCAGCGACCCCGAGCGCGGCGCGGGCUCGCAGGAGAAGCUGCUGCUGGAGCGGUGUGGGCUGCUGGGAGACUCGCCGCGGGACUCCGGCUGCUACGAGAGCAGCGAGAACCUGGAGAACGGUGACGACAGCCUGACGACAGCCUGUGAGCUCCUCCUGUGAGCUCCUCCUGUGAGCUCCUCCUGUGAGCUCCGCCUGUGAGCUCCGCCUGUGAGCUCCGCCUGUGAGCUCCUCCUGUGAGCUCCUCCUGUGAGCUCCGCCUGUGAGCUCCGCCUGUGAGCUCCGCCUGUGAGCUCCGCCUCCUCCUGCAGCCAUCUGCUCCUUCUCUGUUCCUCCUUCUUCAUAAGGAACUGCUCCGGUUCCAGUUUUUCUCCUGGUUCUCGUGGAUCUCCUGGAUCAGACGUGGAGGAAGCGUUCUCCAGAGUUCUGCGUCUGUGUUAAAGCUCCAGAGGAACCGUCUGGUUCCAACACUCCGCCCCCGACGGUUCUCUGAGUUCUGCUGUGGAGAAGGUCGACCUUCAGUCUGCAGAUGCUUGAACAUGAACCUGCUGUCAUCACCCAGAAGCAGAUCCUGGUCCGGUUCCUGAUGACUCAGUCUGUCAGAGAUUUCCUGAAACGUCUUUGUUUCAAAUCCUUUUGAUAAUAAAAGAUUUUGGAAAAAUCCAGAAAAAAAAAAAA